AUGUCGAGAGAAGGGGCCCCGGGGGCCCCCAAAAUUAAGAAGGAGAAGGGGGGCCCCCCAGCAGUACCCCGAGCAACUCACAAGAAGGAGCAGCAGGCCCCUGCUGCAGCAGCAGCAGCAGCAGCAGCAACAGCAGCAGCAGCAGCAGCAGCAACAGCAACAGUAAAGGUGAAGAAGGAGACCGACGGUGCCCCUGCAGUGGCAAGGCAGCGCCAGCAGCAGCAGCAGCAGCAGCAGCAGAAGCAGCAGCAGCAGCAGCAGCAGCAGAGAACAACUGAUACAAAGAGGGCCCCCAAACCCUCUUCUUCUAUUUCUUCUUCAUCUCCUGAGGGGCCCCCAUCAAGGCCUUCCCAAGGGGGCCCCCAAGAGGGUACUAAUGGGGCCCCAGAGGGGCCCCCCAAGAGCCGCAGAGGGGCCCCCGGGGAGGGUACUGAAGCAGAAGCUGUAGAAACUCAGGGGGCCCCUUCAGGGGCCCCCCCAAAGGGUACUUCCAAGGGGGCCCCCAGAGGGGCCCCCAAAGGGGGGGGCCCCCAAGCAUGA